UUAAUGGCUGCUCAGGCAUCCUCAAAGUGGGUCCGGCACAGCUGGUGAAGUGUGUUAGUGCCACAUGCCCACAUCCUACACCUGCCAUAACACACAGAUUGACACAAUCAGCCUAAGUAGUUAGGCACAACUUACUUUAUACAAGCUGAUGAUGCAAUCGUGUCAUCUUGGUUUAUUCGGGCAAGUCAGUAGUUGGAAGAGGAGAUGAUGUUGAGGAUUGCAAAGCCUAAAGUCUCUCUCAGAAUCUUAACACAUCCAAUUUUUGGGGCACCUACUUUAACUCGGAGAAGUUAUUCAUCUGGGGUUAAAGUUAAACAGAUGAUGGUGAGAGAAGCACUAAAUUCUGCCCUUGAUGAGGAAAUGACAGCUGAUCCUAGAGUAUUUUUAAUGGGCGAAGAGGUUGGGGAAUACCAAGGUGCUUACAAGGUCUCUAAAGGACUCUUGCACAAGUACGGCCCUGACAGGGUUGUUGAUACCCCAAUUACUGAGGCUGGAUUUACUGGACUCGCUACGGGAGCCGCAUAUUAUGGACUUAGGCCUGUCUUAGAGUUCAUGACCUUUAACUUUGCCAUGCAGGCAAUAGACCAUCUGGUUAACUCUGCUGCCAAAACACACUACAUGUCUGGUGGGAAUAUUAGUGUUCCUAUUGUUUUCCGAGGACCGAAUGGUGCUGCUCUAGGUGUUGGUGCUCAGCACUCUCAGCAUAUACCAAGGCCCGCUCUUGGAAGAAGACAAAGCAGGGUGUGGAUAUCAGAGAAGUUCUUAUGCUGUUCUAAAUUAAGAUCACAUUGUUAUGCUCCAUGGUAUGGGUCUGUCCCUGGCUUGAAAGUUGUGGCGCCAUAUUCAUCUGAAGAUGCGAGAGGACUUCUAAAAGCAGCUAUCAGAGAUCCCGAUCCGGUUGUUUUUCUUGAGAAUGAGUUAUUGUAUGGCGAGUCUUUUCCUGUGUCGGAAGAAGUUCUUGAUCCAAGCUUUACCCUUCCCAUAGGGAAAGCAAAGAUAGAGAAAGAGGGAAGAGAUGUGACAAUUACAGCAUUCUCACGGAUGGUUGGCUAUGCUCUCAAGGCUGCAGAGACGCUUGCGAAGGAGGAUAUUAAUGCUGAGAUCAUUAAUAUUAGGUCAAUUAGGCCAUUAGACAAAUCUUCCAUCAAUGCUUCGGUGAGAAAAACUAACAGGCUGGUUACUGUGGAAGAAGGGUUUCCUCAACAUGGCGUCGGUGCUGAAAUCUGUGCUUCAGUUGUCGAGGAAAUAUUCGAGUACCUCGAUGCCCCAGUUGAAAGGAUUACUGGUGCAGAUGUUCCAAUGCCUUAUGCUGCCAAUCUUGAAAGGAUGGCUCUUCCACAGGUUGAAGACAUUGUUCGAGCAGCCAAGAGGGUGUGUUACAGAUCUAUUCCCAUAGCAGCUGCUGUUUGAGUUUUGUAAUCUCCACCUACUUGUAUGCUUUUAUUUGUAAAAUAAAUGUGGAGAUGUUCACCGUAGUCAAUUUGGGCAUUUUAUUGCUCGAGAAGAAUUCUACUAGAGCAGCUUUCACAUAUAGUAAACAUAAAAAUCAUAUUUGUAUGUUAUAACUAUAGUUUGUUUAAUUGCACUCCAUUAUGUUUGUUAUGGAGCAUCAUAUUGUAUAACUCGCUGGCUCCUUUUCAAAUUUGUAUAAUUUUGCAUUCAGUCUCUCGUUUGUAUAAGUCGUUGGUUGCCUCUCAAUU